CACACACCUUCCUCCAUUCUCUUCGCUUCAUUAAAAAAUCUCUGACAUCCAUCAUCUACUAUCCCGCAGACAAGUUGGGCUCCGCAGAGGAGAAGGAGCGCAGGAGAGCGAAUUUGGAAAAUAUCCCAGCUUUCUGCCUGAUCUCUUUGGAUAGGUCUGGAUGUGCAGAAAGAGGAAAAAGAAGAAGAGGAGGAAAAAAGAAGAAAAAAAAAUUGACAAGUAGAUCUUAAUGAUCAUUUUUUAUUUUGGGCCAUUCACCGGAUACCCUUUGCUAAAACAAGAGUGAGAAUGCCACGCUGUUCUGUCCCAAAUCUGGAUUGCAAGUCGCUAGGUGUGAACUUUUCAACGGAAUGAUUUGUUUAGAAGACACUGAUCUGACGAUAUCGGGCAUUUUUGAAAAAGGACGGGUGUUGAAUUUGUUGCUUGUAUUGGUGUUUAUUGAUCCUGAGGAAAAUAAUAUAAUCUUUGUUUUUGUGGCGAUUACGUUCAGCUUUUAUCAGUUGAAGAAUUUAGAAGAACUGAUGUGGGUAGGCUAAAUAAAUUAUUAUUAUUAUUAUUAUUAUUAUUAUUAUUAUUAUUAUUAUUAUUAUUACAAAACCGGGAUACACUUCAGUCUAUUGUGUAUUGUAAAUCCUGGAGACUUCGUUUUCAUUUUGGUUAGAAGUGGUCUAAUUUGCAUAGUCAGAUGGACUAAACCGGAAAGAAGUCUAUCCGUCAAGAUUAAGAGGGCAGACUAAAAAUACUCUAAUUCUGCACUCCUCUUAUCGUCCCACACCGUACCUGCCGCUUUUCUUUCCCUCCCGUCACCCUGCGCCUAUUUUUGAAGCGCACGUCUUAAUUACCGAAGCUUUAACACGUCAAGCUGAUUGGGAAUAAAGCGCGCUGGAUUUGAUUUUAAUUUUCUUUUUCUGGAAUCCACUUUGAACUCUCGCCAGGUGCUGUGCAGCUCUCCGCAAACUCCAGUCCUAAUCUCGCUCUCUAAUCCCCUAACGCCCCCAAGACAAUUCUGGACUGUCUUCUGAUAUAUAUAUAUAUUUUUUUUUCACUUGACCAAGAUGUAGGAUUGAGAUUAUUUUCGUUCUUACUUUCUUCUUCUUUUUUUAAUCAUCACUAUUUGGCUACACUGAAUUCUUAAGAAGACUGAGGAUGUACACUUGCGAGCGACAUGGGCUUUGAUUUGCUGGUGUGGCAGACCCUGGAUUCCUGGCCGUGUGCCCCCUCGCUCCCAGACGCGCACGGUAGAAGAUCCUGUGCUUUAAAUUAACGCUCGUUUCUCAACAGUCCUUCUGUCACUCCUUUUAUCUAUGGAUGGUUUGGGAAAUCCGGAGAACCCUGGGUGCUUUUUCUCUUCCGUCAGUUUGGAAUAUUCAGUUUGCUGUUCCUAAAAACGAGGAAUAAAACGAAUUCAAAGAAGUCUGGAUCACCCGGGCUAACGAGUUUCAAUGCUCUCAUUUGCUCUAAGAUGAAGUUAUGGAAGUUUGCAGGAAUCACCCUGAUGCUGCUUGGCGCUACACUCUCUGUUUUACUCUGUAAAAACAUGAUCCUGGAAGGAGAGGAACACACAUCCAAGUCUUCAUCGUCACUGUCAACUUUUCCAGCACAUCCUGCUAGUCUCCGAAGACAGACCCGAGCAGCAGGGAAGCCCAGCUCCAUCUUGAGAGACAUUACCGCUUUGCUCCAAAGCUACACAGAAGGUGACGUCCAGCAGCUAAUCAGCUCCCUCAUUGACCGACACAGGCCCGACUCAAAAGACCUGAUGGAUAGCACGGCCAAGAGGACUAAAAGGGCAAAGAAGGGCCUGAAGCCUUGCUCUCUCAAGGAGUUGGAAGUCAGCGUAAGUGAGCUGGGCCUGGGCUAUGAAGGAGAGGAGAUUUUGCUUUUCCGGUACUGCAGUGGAAAAUGCCACUCCAGCCGCCGUAACUACGACCUUACUCUGGAGCACAUGAAGAAGCGAGGCCGUGUAAAGAAAGGAAAAGCCAGGCACAAACCCUGCUGUCGGCCCACCGCCUAUGAUGAUGACAUCUCCUUCUUGGACACAAAUAACCAGUAUCACACGAUCAAGGACGUGUCUGCCAAAGAAUGCGGCUGUGUUUAGAACACUGGCAUGCGGUUUGAACACUUCUGGGCUUGAUGAUAGGACAUGUGCAUAAUGAAACCAGAAGCAAGUUCACAAUGGGGAGCAAGUCCCUGUUUGGUUAUGGUAAAUCACAUCGUUUAAAUUUACAGGAGGCUUGCCCUCUUUUGACAGCCACCGCAAUUUUAAGUUACAGCUGGCGUUUGUCACCAAUCCUAUAAAACUCUGGCAUCAGCUCCAUUGUUCAUAUGAAGGAGCAUAUUACUGAUGGUUAGCAGCAAUUAUUAAGGAAUGUCAGAAACGUGUAAUUGAGCAGUGCAAAGAAAAGUGUAAUAAUAAUGAGUUCACUUAUGACGCGGUCCGUUUUGUUGAGCAAAAGUCCAACUCUGUACUCCAUAUGGUAUAAUCAUUUUUUUAACUAGUUUCUUGGGUGUUGGCCACAAAUAAAAUGUUUUCAGUGUAGAGCCUAGAAAUUGGGAGCAUUCCACGUUUAAAAGAAUAACUGAGAUGAGAUGCCCCUUCACAACAAAUCAAACAGUAACAUUUCAUGCAAACAGUGAUUAAAAAAUGUCCUCGCCAACGUGGAAGUUCGAAAGAUUUAUUAGACUGUGCGAGUAUAAUGUGAGUGUGAGGCAUAGAUGUGCACUUUUUAUAUGGAUGUAUGACCAUUUUAUAAUAAUAAUAAUAAUUCUUUAUAUUUUUAAAGCUCUUUACGCUUCAACCACCACCUGGAUGAUGUGAUGGCAGCCAUAUUAGCAUCAGGAUGCUCUCCACGCGUUAGCUGUUAGGUGCAGAAGUGCUGAGAGGGAGAGCCAUUUAGAAAGAGGGGAUAAUUUGGGGGUCAGAACAGACAAAGCCAUGGAGGGCAAAUUAGCAAGGACAUCGGGGUACACCCUGCUCUUUACCAAAGAUGUCCAGGGAUCUUUUUUGACCACAGAGAGUCAGGACUUUGGUUUAACAUCUCAGGACUGGAGCUUAACUGGUUUAUGUUAAUUUGUUUUUGUUAGAACAUAAAAUGCCAUACUUAGCAGUUUACCAGUUCUGCGAAAGUUGGGUAUUUGAUUGUUUUUGACAUCACAGUGUCCCUAUCACUGCACUGGGCCAUUGGGAUCCACAUUCAGACCUCAGGGUAAGCGCCCCCUGUGUGGCCUCACCAACACCUCUUGCAGCAGCAACUCAAACUUCUCUUAGAUGGUCUCCCACCCCUUAACAUGCUUAGCUUCAGGUGGAUGACUUGUGCUGAAACACAAGUGGUAUGGCUGCCUCAAGAUGUCAAGGAGGGUUUGAUAUCCAAAAUGUCUUAUUUACAACCAUAAUGGCAUUGGUGUAGGAACAAAAUAACAAACAAAAAAAGAUGGAGGCUCAAUUUUUGGCUUUACCGGUUUGCCCCAGUCACUUGCUGGACUUAAUCAGCACCAUUUUGUUUUACCGUUGGAGGUGUAAAGCCUAGAGACAAGAUGGUGUAGAACUUCACAGAGACUGAAGGCAGGCCUAGUAGUAUUCUCUUGGAUCAAAGUCCUCCAUGCUGUUGAGGAAUAAAACAAACAGUCUCGUUUUCUGGUGCCCCCUUUGAAAUUGGCCCCUUAAGUGCUUGAGACGAUAUUUAAAGAAUCAACAGUGUCUGAAAUACCACCUCGAGAGUCCAGAGAGAAGUGAGAACGCCAGAGUCUGUCUAGAAGACGGCGUGACCAAUGACUUUCUUUAAAGUGGCCAUUCAUAGACACAAAGCAUUGAUAGGUCGAGGAGUAUCACUUACAAACCUUACACACUGCCGAAAGCACUCAGUGUUUUAUUUCUACCCUGCAUGGGUUUUUUUACAGAUAUAACACAAACGUUUCCUCCCCUAUCAGUAAGAUACACACUUAAAAAAGUACAAACGGCCCGCCAUUUCUCACCAACUAUGGAAAAAUCUUGUAUGUCACAUACACAAAUUGAGAAAAUUAUGUCGCCCCUAUAAUUAACGAUCUCAAGAUUGAAUUUUUCCUGAGAUUCACGUACACAAUAUUGUUUUUUUUUUAUGAAUCAACAACACCUGCUGUUUAAAUCACGCAGUCACAGCAUUUAAAUCACAUGAUCGUAAUCCAACGUUUUCAUUGGUAGGUGGUCUUUCCUCAUUGGUCAGUGGAGCUGCUAGGUUUUGUCUUGCAGUAUGUCAAACACUGCGUACAUACGAGCUUCUUCCAUCAUGCUGUGACCAGAAUGAAGACAUAUUUGGCCAUCACCACUACCUUAUAACAUCAGGAAAGAGCUAGUAACUCCAAAAACUUUGAAAAAGAUAGCAGUUACGAGGUUUUUCCAUUGCCUGUGAGAUUUGCUUGCUUACUGUGUCAGAGUCACUAAUCUCUCACUCAACAUGCCUGAAGUGUGCCACAUAGGUUCAAAAAUGAGAUACCCAGCAAGAAGAUCUCACUGAAACCUCACUGGGCUUAAAAUCGAUCAUUUUUUACAAAAAAAAUACAGAGAUACACUAUUUUAAAAUCUACUCCAUCUUUUAUGCUUAUAAAAUAAUUUACUGUUUAGAAUUCUGAAGAAAGGUAGUUAUAUGUCAUCUAGUCAUUUUGUAAAUGAUGGACCUGCAUCAACAACUUUCCUGCUCAGUUUGUCUCAGAUUCUAGCUUCAGCGCUAGUACAAUACGACUCUGCUGCGAUUAUCUACCUCAUUUUCUUUAACACCCAGUACACAAGCUACUUCAACCCCAGGCACCUCAAAACACACCACGUUUUGUUCAAGUCCUGCAGAGAAAGGGACUGCAUGUGUCCACUUCCAUUUCAGAGUUGGAAUCUUGGAUCUCCAAUGGUUCUCAUCAGACUCAAAGACUUUGCAUACUGGCCUUGUGCAGUAAACCCUGGCGGGCUCUAAAUGCAGCAACAGGACCGAUGGAGAGAGUUACAUGCUUCAUUUGUAAAUCCCUUUAACCAAGCUCUUAUUUGCCUGUUUUGUAGAAUCAUGUAUAACUUUUAAAAACUUAUGCACAUUGCUCAUGACAUCAUUAACAGCAGGCAAGGGACCAUUUUGGAUAUUUUCUAUGAGCAGGAGAAUCUGAUCCUUCAAUAGUGUUGGUCAGCAGUGCAAGUGGCUGUUUCACUUCCUCUCCUUAUUAAGGUUGCAGCGUGAAACUUCGGGAGACACUUUAUGGAUUUGCCACAUCCUUUCAUCAAAUUACUUCAGAGCAGAAUCACUGAGUUGUCCUGAAGUCGAAGAAAUAGGGAAAGGGGUAAUGGGUUCCAUAUUGAAAUGCAAAGUAUCCUCGUUGGAAAUAUGUUGGAAUAACAGAUGAAACGAUAUAAGGACAUGUGUCGGUGAACAGUUGCCGAGUAUUUACAGUUCAACUAUGGCAUAGUUGCUUAAACCAUAAUAUGUUUUUACAUUGUACUCGAUGUCUAUACUGGAAUUUCUCUUAAACAGUUUUUGGAUUUUUAUUUAAAUAGUACAGUUACAUGAUCAGCAAUUUUAUCACCUAGUGAUACCGGAAAUAGUUCUGCUAUAUUUCAACAUUAAUUACCUUGUAACAACUGUUCACUGUAAAUCGAUAUGUAUAUAAUUUCUUCAUCUAAUAAUUACUCUUCUGUAAUUGGUGAAAACGUGCAUUAUUACUUCAGUGUAAUUAAUAUUUUUAAAUGAAUUAUAUUGAUCCAAUGACUAUAAUCUGCAAGCAACUGGCACUUUGUG